AUGCACCUGAAGCCGUCCCAGGAGCGGCCGGGCAAUCCCUCCUCCUCCAUUCUUGUUACAGACCUGACUGCACCUUCUGUCAACGACAAUCCACGCUCGAUCGGUGCCGUUGAGCGAGGAGGGAGUGUACAAUUGGCUGCAUCGCCCAACACGUACGAGCUCUCCGACUACAAAGAGAUUGCGGAGCGCAACACCAUCCAAGACCGUCAACGCCGACAACAAGAGAAAAGGGCACUGAAACGACAGUGGCUUGAGACACAGGACGAGAUGAAGUUCUCUCACAGCCUCCAAUUCAAUGCUGUUCCUGACUGGAGCAGCCACUAUAUUGCCUACAGCAAUCUCAAGAAACUGAUAUACCAACUUGAGAAGAAUGCCUACCAAGCGAGAGCCGGCGAUGCUGAAUCACGACCCCUGAUAUCGACCGAGGAGCCAGAGGACGUGUUUAGCAAAUCGCUCGGCAUAGAGCUGGAGAAAAUAUGCUCUUUUUACUCUCUCAAGGAGGGAGAACUGCUUGAGGAAGUCAGCCAACUCCUACAUGAUGUAGGGGAGGGUCCGUCUCUUGAAACAUCCACCACACUGCGCCCGACUCAAUCCGAAACCCAUAGCACUCACGCUCGGCCUACCAGCCUGCGCAGCCGUGGCUCGGAUGACGAUGACAGCGCAACAGACGAUGACGAAACCACAGGCCUCACAAGAUAUAAGGGCAAGGGUGGGAGAAGACGGACUGCGCCUAGCAUCCCAGAUAUGACUGCAUCUUCAGAGUUUGGUCGGUCUAGAAGGCUUAGCACGACCAUUGACGACUACGGUGACCAGUCGUUCCUCUUCGGCUCGACGCUGUACUCGUCAGGCAUCAUGCUGAAGAAGCGCAUCAUUUCUCUUUAUGUUCAGCUUUGCGAACUCAAGUCCUACGUGCAGCUUAACAAGACGGGUUUCAGCAAGGUCCUCAAGAAGUUUGACAAGAUUCUCGAUAAGGAACUGCGAUCAUCCUACAUGAACACCUAUGUCGAUACCGCAUAUCCAUUCAAACCAGAGACCAAGAAGUUGCUCGACGAAAAUAUUGCCAAGAUGGAGGUUGCAUACGCCGACGUUGUCCUCGGCGGCGACGAGGAGCUUGCAAAGAAGGACCUGCGCUCUCACCUCCGAGAGCACGUUGUUUGGGAGCGCAAUACUGUUUGGAGAGAUCUUAUCGGUAUUGAGCGAAGAGCGGAGGCUGCCAGGUUCGGUCAAACAUUGCUGGGCCAAGAGAGCGGCAUCGCACCAAAACGACUACAGGGUGAUGACGAGGUUGGACCUACAGAGACGCAAAUCAAAACACCUAUUGGUAGAAUUAUCCUGCCAUCAUGGUUAUCCAACAGCUCUGUGCUCACCCUGGUCAUCUCCGUGGUGGCUUUCCUCCUGCUCCUAUUCAUCCCCAUUCUGGAGAAUCCUGAGCAGCAAAACUGCCUGGCACUUCUUGUUUUUGUCAGUUUGAUGUGGGCUACUGAGACUAUCCCUCUGUUUGUUACGUCUCUUUUUAUCCCCUUCUUAGCUGUCGUCCUUAGGGUGGUUCGUGAGGAGGAUCCGAGCAAGCCUCCAAAACGCCUGACCUCAAAGGAAGCCACCUCGGCAAUCUUUUCUUCCAUGUGGUCCCCCGUUAUUAUGCUCCUGAUCGGCGGCUUCACUCUCGCUGCCGCUCUGUCCAAGUGCAAAAUCGACAAGCGUCUUGCGACGCUCAUCUUGAGCAAAGCUGGCACCCAGCCCAGAACCGUGUUGAUUGCAAACAUGUUUGUUGCUGCCUUUGCCUCUAUGCUCAUCAGCAACGUUGCUGCCCCUGUUCUCUGUUUCUCCAUCAUCGAGCCCAUGCUACGAACUCUGCCAUCGGACUCGAACAUGUCCAAGGCCGUUAUCAUUGGAAUUGCCCUUGCUUCAAACAUUGGCGGCAUGCUGUCGCCAAUUGCUUCACCGCAAAAUGUUGUAGCCAUGGGAAUUAUGUCGCCAGAGCCGACAUGGCUUCAGUGGUUCUUCAUUGUCAUCCCUGUUGGCGUGGUCUCAAUCGUCCUGAUUUGGUUGCUCCUCCUGGUCACGUUCCAACCCGGCAAGGGAACAUCGAUUGCACCUAUCCGUCCUCUCAAGGAGAAAUUUACUGGUGGGCAGUGGUUUGUCACCAUUGUUACCAUUAUCACCAUCGUCCUUUGGUGCACAAGCCAUACUCUCGAGUCUGUAUUCGGAGACAUGGGUGUUGUGGCCAUUAUUCCUAUUGUCCUCUUCUUUGGCAUUGGUAUCUUGACCAAAGAAGAUUUUAACAACUUUCCCUGGACCAUCAUUAUCUUGGCCGCUGGUGGAUUGUCGCUCGGCAAGGCUGUUCGAUCUUCGGGCUUGCUCCAUACCCUUGCUGAGCUUGUUUCGCACAGGGUCGAGGGCAUGAGCUUGUACGGUGUUCUCGUUGUGUUUUCCUCUUUGAUUCUUGUCAUUGCCACCUUCAUCAGCCACACAGUUGCCGCCCUCAUCUUCCUUCCUCUGGUGUACGACGUUGGCGUAGCCAUGGACCAGCCUCACCCUAACCUCCUUGUUAUGGGCGGCGUCCUGAUGUGCAGCGCUGCGAUGGGUCUGCCUACCAGCGGUUUCCCUAAUAUGAAUAACAUUCUCUCCCUGGAGCUGGGCGGCGCCAUGCUCUCCGCCUUUACAGCCCGUCCGAUCAUCGAGCUGCGGCAGCGGGACAAGUCCAAGAUCGAGACGAUCCUUGCGUAUGGCGACCGCAUUCUCGUCGGGCUCAACAACGGCGCUCUUCGCAUCUACCGCCUCAACGAACUUCCUGCUAAUGGCUCUUCGACGCCUCCACACACCGCAAAUGCGACUCCUCCACAGAAUGGCGACCACGCGGCCGCAGAUUCGGUAGCCAAGCCGACGGAUUUGCUGCGCGAGGUGGAACGAUUCUCGACGCGGGCGAUAGAACAGCUGGCCAUCAUCAAGGAGGCAAACACAAUCGUAUCCCUGUCCAACUACCACGUCUCUCUCUACGACCUGCAGUCCUACGACCUCAUUGAGACCCUUUCGCGAAGCAAGAAUGCGUCCUGCUUUGCCAUCACGUCCAACAUCGUCAGGGAUCCCGACACGGGCGUCCCUGAAAUCAUCAGUCGGCUGGCUGUGGCUGCGAAGCGGCGGCUCCUGCUAUGGAGCUGGCAUGAGAGCGAGCUCAGUAAUGAAGUCUCCGAAGUGUUGCUUUCCGAAUCGAUUCGAUCAAUCACAUGGGCGAAUGCAACAAAAAUAGUUUGUGGCAUGAAUGCAGGCUAUGUCAUCGUCGAUGCCAUUACGCAGCAGAUUGAGGAUAUCGUGAGUCCAGGUGCGGUUGGAGUGUCUGGUCAAGGCAGCCGAUUUGGAGCUGUGAGCAGCGCGGGAAUGGGAUACAUGGGUCUGGGGAGCUACAUACCCAAGCCGCUGGCUACCAAGUUGGCUGAUGGGGAGAUGCUUCUUGCCAAGGACAUCAAUACGCUGUUCGUCAACGAUGAGGGCAAGGCACUGGAGAAGAGGCAAAUACCAUGGCAGUCGGCCCCUGAAUCCAUCGGGUAUUCAUACCCGUAUAUCGUUGCACUGCAACCUCCAUCCAAAGGCUCUCUUGAGGUCCGGAACCCGGACACUUUGUCUCUCCUACAGACAAUUACUCUGCCUGGAGCCGCCCAGCUACACUUCCCUCCGCCUACCGUAAGCCUAGCUCAUGCUGGCAAAGGAUUCCAUAUCUCGAGUGACCGCUGCGUGUGGAAAAUGGGAGCUACAGACUAUGACUCUCAAAUUGGGGAGCUCAUUGAGAGUGGCAAGUUUGAUGAAGCCAUUAGCAUCUUGCAAAUGCUUGAGGAUGCUCUGUUGAAGAACAAGGCAGAGACACUAAGAGAGGUCAAGAUGUUAAAGGCAGAAACUCUGUUCAAACAAAAAAAGUAUCGGCAAUCGAUGGAUCUGAUGAAUGAAGAUGACGUCCAUGCACCGCCAGAACGAGUCCUGAGGAUGUAUCCUGUUCUCAUCGCAGGAGAAUUAUCCAGGUGGACAAAUUAUCAGGAAACCCCAGAGAAUACCGAAGCAAAUCCGAAAAAGAUCAAUGGAACGAGAUCAGAUAGUCCAGAAACUGUCAACGAGCCUCUGGAGUCGCCUACUGCUGUGGGAGGAUUUGCCAAGUAUUUCAAGGGGUCGCAAAGGAAGCCGGCCGAGGUCGCUUCCAUCAUCUCGAAAAAGGAUGGGGAGACCGAAGACUCGGACAACGCCAAAGAAGCGCCAGUGCCGGAAGACAAGCCACUCUCGGGUAAAGAGCUCACAAAGGCCGUCUUGGAGUUGAAUAGCUACCUAGCUGGAACCCGCGCUCGCCUCCAACGUGUCAUUGAUCCCGUCACCGGUAAACUGAAGCCGCGAACAGACCAGCCUAGCUCAGCAGAAGAGGCGGAAGACCGACUCCUGAAGAUCACCAUGGAUGAAUCGGACAAGGAACGCGAGCAAAAGCUACGCGAAACUUUCCGCCUGGUUGAUACCACUCUCUUCCGCGCUUACAUGUUCUCGCAGCCCUCGCUUGCGAGCUCUCUGUUUCGCAUUCCCAACUUUUGUGACCCAGAUGUCGUCAAUGAGAAGCUGCUGGAGCACAAUCGCUAUACGGAGUUGAUUAACUUCUUCCACGGCAAGAAACUGCACAAGUCGGCACUGGACUUGUUACACAAGUUCGGCGCUGUGCCAAAACCGAAUGAAGCAGCACCUGAUCUACACGGCUCAGAUCGCACUAUAGAAUAUCUAAAAAGCCUUCCACCUUCCGAAAUCGAUCUUAUCCUUGAGCAUGCUAAAUGGACAUUGAAGGCAAAUCCGGAAUAUGCUAUGGAGAUAUUCAUUGGCGACACGGAGAAUGCGGAGACCUUACCGCGCGAGAAAGUCUUGCCUUACUUGCAAGAAUUAGAUACGAAGCUUGAGAGGCAAUAUCUAGAACAUAUCAUCAUGGAACUCGACGAUAGUACGGCGGAUUUCCAUAAUCGACUUGUCGAGCUCUAUGUUUCGAGUCUGAGUAAUAGUGAGAGGGGACAUGAUUGGGAUGACCUAGAAGAGAGAUUUGUCAAGUUCCUGCGAGAAUCUCGACAAGUCUACAGUCUCACCAAAGCGUUUGCGUUGAUCCCCAAAGAUGAUCCCGCUUUCUAUGAAGCACAGGCCGUCGUGCUAAGCAACAUGGGCCAGCACAGACAGUCGCUCGAGAUUUAUGUGUUCAAAAUGAAGGACUACGUCAAGGCAGAAGACUAUUGUAACCGCGCACAUAGACUGCAAGCUCCAUCUACAACCCCUUCGGAUGAUCCGGACGAAUCCGUGUCUGUAUAUCAUACACUGCUUUCUCUCUAUCUCCAACCACCUCCACCCCACAAGCCAAACCUCGAACCAGCCCUAGAUUUGCUUUCCAAGCACGGCUCUCGCCUCCCAGCCACAUCAACGCUUGGGCUGAUCCCCAACGAUCUUCCUGUCGGUUCUCUCGAGGCAUAUUUCCGGGGGAGAAUACGGGCCGCAAAUAGCCUCGUCAAUGAGUCUCGGAUCGUGGCCGGCUUGCGCAAAGCAGAAGGUAUAGCAGUGGCUGCUGAGUUGCAGCUAGGAGACGGCAAGCCUGGAGGUCAGGGCGGUAGGAACCGCCACGUCAUCAUCACAGAUGAGAGGCAUUGCGUCAGCAACGGGCUCCAAAGCGGAUGGUUUGAGAAAGCCCAGCUGGAGUAGAGGGUUUUAGACGCUCACAUUGUCGGAUAUUUUCUUGGUUUUCUUUUUCGUUCUCUUAGCUAGGUUGCUGCUCUUCAUCUUCGUUGGAGUCGCUGAACCGGGUUGGCUUUUAUCUGUUCGUAUGAUGUGGCUAUACCCUUCUGUACACAUUCUAAGGCGCGCUGUUUUAUAUAAAUCGUAUGAUGUCUCUGCGAGCAUCUUGAGUGAUAUAGAACGAUUUAAUCAUCCUCUUCCUGGACUUCCUCGCCGUAGUUUUCUUCUUCUUUUUCGUCGUCUACAGCAUGCACGGCGCCGGCAGCUUCUUCGCGAGCUUUAUCCUCCUCCAUGCGGGUCGUGAGCUCUUUGUUGAUUUGGUCUUGGGCCGUGGCAAUAGAGGCGCGUAGAGAUUCAAGAUAUUUGGAUUUACCGGCCGCAUCGAGGGUGGACGGCGCGGGGAUAGACUGGGUGACGCUAAAGGGAGCGUUGUCGGGAGAGGAGUAGGAUGCCGUGAGGGCAGUAUCCGAGGGUGCUGAUUGGGCCAUUGCGAAGAGUUUGUUGAGAAGAAGAUGGGAUGAAUCUGGAGUUU